CUUCAGUCUGAAGGCUGGGCGCUAGAAAGAAAGAUCGUAGGGGCCUGGAGUGGCUGAGCGACGAGGCAGAAACUCCUCACUUAUGGCUUUGUAGUGCAAUAUCCAUCACAUUUGGGAUUGUGGAAGGGACGUCAUUUCAAAUCACUUGAAGUCACCUAAGUUUUGUUCACUUUUGUGGGCGCCGACCAUGGAGAUGCAAAGGUGGUCCACAAGGUGGAAAACGAAAAGGUGGCUUAUGGAUUCCACUGUAACCGCAUUCAUCACUUUAACCCUGGUUCUGCAGGCUACACAUGUCAGAGCAGCGGAACCAGUGGACGUGCUCCAAGUAUUAGAAUUUCACAAUUCCCCCGAAGGAGUUCGAAAAACAUCAGGAUUUUGCACCAACAGGAGAGGAUCUCAGCCGGACACAGCAUACCGGGUAGGGAAGCAGGCCCAGAUUAGUGCUCCCACCAAGCAGCUCUUCCCAGGGGGAGUGUUCCCUGAGGACUUCUCCAUCCUGGCCACGGUGCGUCCCAAGGCGGGCCUGCAGUCCUUCCUGCUGUCAGUGUACAGCGAGCAGGGCGUGCAGCAGCUGGGCGUGGAGCUGGGACGCUCGCCCGUCUUCCUGUACGAGGACCAGAGCGGGAGGCCGGCCCCCGAGGACUACCCCCUGUUCCGCACCCUCAACCUGGCCGACGGAAAGUGGCAUCGGGUGGCCAUCAGCGUGGAGAAGAAGACGGUGACCAUCAUCGUGGACUGCAAGAAGAAGAUCACCAAGCCCCUGAUGAGGAGCGACCAGGCCGUCGUCAACACCGACGGCAUCACCGUGUUCGGCACCAGGAUCCUGGACGAGGAGGUGUUCCAGGGUGACAUCCAGCAGCUGCUGAUCGUGUCGGACCCCAAAGCAGCGUACGACUACUGUGAACACUACAGCCCGGACUGUGACACCCCGCAGGGCCAGACUCUGCAGGCCCAGGAACCCGAUAAUGAGUACACUACUGAUGACUUAGAUUACACUGAGUUCUAUGAUUACUCAGAGGGAGAAACACAGACUGUCCCAACUGACGAGUACUCUGAACCUCAGCUUAACAGUGUAGGCGGAGAGUACUAUACUGACACUGAACUUGACUACGGAACAUUAGAUCAAACUCAGUCUCCCUUUGCCACCAGCGGACCCACCGAGGCUGUGGAGGAGGAAGCUGUCGGUGACUAUGUCACCGAAGCCACCCCCAUUGGUCAGGAGCCCACCGCUGUCCCGGAGACGGUGUACAGUGUCAACCCCGGAACGGAAGCGUACGACUUUAAGGAGUAUGAUCUAAAGGAGUAUGACGGGGGCGCUUUUGACAGGAAGCAGUAUGAUUAUGGGAUGUAUGAUGAGUAUGGCACGGCGCUACCCAACCCCACGGUCGCCUACGACAACGAGGUGGGGCAGGGGGUUCCCGCGGAAACGGACGUCUCCCAAAGCGCUAUCGCCGGCGUCGGCGCAGCGUUCGGCGAGAAGGGCGAGAAAGGGGAGCCCGCCGUCAUCGAACCCGGUAUGCUGAUUGAAGGACCACCGGGACCUGCAGGUCCAGCUGGUCUUCCUGGUCCCUCUGGUCUGCUGGGACCCCCGGGCACCGCUGGAGAUCCAGGCGACAGGGGUCCCGCUGGGCGUGCUGGGCUCCCUGGGGCUGAUGGUUUGCCAGGACCCCCUGGUACCAUGCUGAUGCUGCCAUUCCGGUUCGGAGGCGACGGAGAGAAGGGUCCGGUGGUAUCAGCCCAGGAGGCCCAGGCCCAGGCCAUCCUCUCCCAGGCCAGGCUUGCCAUGAGGGGUCCACCAGGUCCGAUGGGUCUCACGGGAAGGUCUGGCCCAGUGGGUGGUCCCGGUUCAUCCGGGCUCAAGGGAGAAGGGGGUGACCCCGGACCUCAGGGCCCCAGAGGGACCCAAGGCCCCUUCGGACAGCCAGGGAAGUCAGGAAAGAGGGGUCGGGCCGGCGCCGAUGGAGGCAGAGGGAUGCCCGGAGAGUCGGGCUCCAAGGGGGACCGAGGUUUCGAUGGCCUUCCUGGAUUGCCUGGGGACAAGGGACACAGGGGAGACACAGGGUCACAAGGCCCAGUGGGAGCCCCCGGGGAGGAUGGACAGAGAGGAGAGGAUGGAGAGAUUGGGCCUAGGGGACUGGCUGGAGAGAGUGGUCCUAGAGGUCUCCUCGGCCCACGCGGCCCUCCUGGUCCCACUGGUCAGCCCGGCGUUGCCGGCGUGGACGGCCCUCCCGGCUCCAAAGGAAACAUGGGGCCCCAAGGAGAGCCUGGUCCUUCUGGUCAGCAGGGUAUCCCAGGAACACAGGGUCUCCCAGGUCCUCAAGGCCCCAUCGGACCACCUGGAGAAAAGGGACCUCAGGGAAGGUCAGGGUUAGCUGGACUUCCAGGAACCGACGGACCUCCUGGUCAUCCUGGGAAAGAGGGCCCUCCUGGAGAGAAAGGAGCUCUGGGUCAGGCAGGGCCCCAGGGACCCGUCGGCUACCCAGGACCCCGUGGUGUCAAGGGUGCUGAUGGAGUCAGAGGCCUGAAGGGAGGAAAGGGAGAGAAGGGUGAAGAUGGUUUCCCUGGUUUCAAGGGGGACAUGGGACUCAAAGGUGACAGGGGAGAGCUGGGGAUGCUGGGAUCGCGUGGUGAGGAUGGCCCGGAGGGGCCCAAGGGACGAGCGGGUCCCAACGGAGAGUCAGGCCCCAUGGGACACGCUGGAGAGAAGGGGAAACUGGGAGUUCCAGGAUUGCCAGGCUAUCCAGGAAGACAAGGACCAAAGGGUUCAUCUGGAUUCCCUGGGUUCCCGGGAGCCAAUGGAGAAAAAGGAGCCAGGGGUGUAGCGGGCAAGCCAGGUCCAAGGGGGCAACGAGGUCCGACGGGUCCACGUGGCGCUCGGGGUGCGCGAGGUCCAACAGGCAAGCCAGGCCCUAAGGGCACAGCGGGCAACGACGGACCCCCAGGCCCGCCUGGUGAAAGAGGACCUCAAGGACCCCAGGGCCCAGUGGGCUUCUCAGGACCGAAAGGCCCCCCUGGACCCCCUGGGAAGGACGGUCUGCCCGGACACCCUGGCCAGCGCGGAGAGACGGGGUUCCAAGGGAAGACAGGCCCACCUGGACCAGGAGGCGUGGUCGGCCCUCAGGGUCCCACCGGAGAGACGGGCCCCGUGGGAGAGAGAGGUCACCCCGGGCCCCCAGGGCCACCUGGAGAACAGGGUCUACCUGGUGCCGCUGGCAAGGAGGGAGCCAAGGGAGACCCAGGCCCUCAGGGAGCAGCAGGGAAGGAUGGCCCAGCCGGACUCAGAGGGUUCCCAGGAGAGAGAGGACUUCCUGGAGCAACGGGUCCCGCUGGCCUGAAGGGAGGUGAAGGCCCCCAGGGUCCCCCCGGCCCGGUGGGUUCCCCUGGUGAAAGAGGAGCUGCUGGAACAGCAGGACCAAUCGGCUUGUCCGGUAGGACUGGCCCCCAGGGCCCCCCGGGACCUGCUGGAGAGAAAGGAGCGCCCGGAGAGAAGGGUCCCCUGGGGCCGGCGGGCCGCGAUGGCAUCCAGGGUCCAGUGGGUCUGCCCGGCCCUGCUGGACCCCAGGGCCCGCCUGGAGAGGACGGGGACAAGGGAGAGGUUGGUGAACCUGGUCAGAAGGGAAGCAAAGCGGACAAGGGAGAACAGGGUCCUCCAGGACCAGCUGGUCUUCAAGGCCCCAUCGGAGCACCUGGACCUGCUGGGGGCGAUGGAGAGCCCGGGCCCAGAGGCCAGCAGGGAAUGUUUGGCCAGAAGGGAGAUGAAGGAGCCAGAGGGUUCCCAGGUCCACCUGGUCCUAUCGGUCUGCAGGGGCUUCCAGGGCCUCCUGGUGAGAAGGGGGAGAACGGUGAUGUCGGGCCCAUGGGCCCUCCAGGUCCGCCCGGGCCCAGGGGUCCCCAGGGUCCUAGUGGAGCUGAUGGAGCCCAAGGUCCUCCUGGUGGUGUCGGGGCCAUGGGAGGCGUGGGUGAAAAGGGUGAGAAUGGAGAGGCUGGGAACCCUGGGUCUCCGGGAGAGCCUGGAACUGGGGGACCUAAGGGCGAGCGAGGAGACAAGGGAGAGGCGGGGCCAUCUGGAGCCGCUGGCCCUGCUGGGGCCAAAGGACCCCCUGGAGAUGACGGCCCCAAGGGAAACCCUGGACCUGUUGGUUUCCCUGGAGACCCCGGCCCGCCUGGUGAGGCUGGUGUUGCUGGUACUGAUGGUGGAGCAGGAGAGAAGGGAGAGGAUGGAGAAUCUGGUCAAACUGGGCCCCCUGGUCCAUCUGGAGAGGCCGGCCCACCUGGACCCCCUGGCAAGAGAGGACCCGCAGGAACUGCCGGAGCAGAGGGCAGGCAGGGAGAAAAGGGCGCCAAGGGUGAGGCGGGAGCUGAGGGCCCACCAGGGAAGACGGGCCCAGUCGGCCCCCAGGGGCCAUCAGGGAAGCAGGGGCCCGAAGGGCUGCGAGGGAUCCCUGGCCCUGUCGGUGAACAAGGACUUCCUGGAGCCCCUGGACAAGAUGGCCCACCUGGGCCCAUGGGCCCUCCUGGUCUGCCUGGGCUCAAAGGUGACCCUGGCUCUAAGGGUGAAAAGGGUCACCCCGGUCUUAUUGGUUUGAUUGGCCCCCCUGGGGAACAGGGAGAGAAGGGAGACCGCGGGCUACCAGGACCCCAGGGAUCUCCUGGAGGAAAGGGUGACAGCGGUAUCGGUGGCUCCUCUGGUCCUCUGGGUCCGCCUGGUCCUCCUGGUUUGCCUGGUCCCCAAGGCCCCAAAGGAUCCAAGGGUUCAAGCGGUCCUUCCGGUCAGAAGGGAGACACUGGUACCAUCGGCCCCCCUGGUCCUCCUGGCCCCCCCGGUGAGGUGAUCCAGCCGCUGCCCAUCCUGUCCUCCAAGAAGACGAGGCGCUCCAGCGACAUGCAGUCCGACGCAGCGGGCUCCGUGAUGGACUAUGGCGAGGGCAUGGAGGACAUCUUUGGCUCCCUCAACAACCUCAAACAAGAUAUCGAGCGCAUGAAGUACCCCAUGGGCACCCAGAACAACCCUGCCAGGACCUGCAAGGACCUGCAGCUCUGCCACCCCGAGUUCCCUGACGGCGAGUACUGGAUUGAUCCUAACCAAGGCUGUUCUGGAGACUCCUUCAAAGUCUACUGUAACUUCACCGCAGGGGGCGAAACCUGCAUCUACCCCGAUAAGGAAUCCAGUGGAGUCAGAAUAUCUUCAUGGCUCAAGGAGGUGCCAGGCUCGUGGUUCAGUGACUUUAAGCGUGGUAAAAUACUGUCGUACGUGGACGCUGAGGGCAACUCAAUAAACAUGGUUCAGAUGACCUUCCUCAAACUACUGACUGCCUCCGCAAGGCAGAACUUCACCUAUAACUGCCACCAGUCCGUCGCUUGGCACGACACCACCAGCGACAGUCACAGCAAGGCACUGCGUUUCAUGGGCGCCAACGACGAGGAGAUGUCCUACGACAACAACCCUUACAUCAGGACCCUUACAGACGGCUGUGCGACAAGGAAGGGUUAUGGAAAGACGGUGAUUGAGAUCAACACUCCCAAAAUCGAUCAGGUUCCAAUCAUCAACGUCAUGGUCAAUGACUUUGGGGAUGCCAACCAGAAGUUUGGAUUUGAAGUCGGUCCCGUUUGCUUCCUUGGCUAAAACAGAAUAAGAAAAGAAAGAAUGGAAGAAAAAAAAAGAAAAGAACUUGGCGGAAUCCAAAAAAUCAAAGAAAGUCAAGUCAAGACAUUUUGGGAACCACCAUAUCCCCCAGCCCCCACCCUUUUUUAUGCCACAUGCAAGUUUUGAAUAAAAAUAAAUGGUGUAGCGAACAAGUCUUGCCAUGUAUGUAUGUAUUGCCCAGGAAAAUACUUGUUGCCCUUGUAGGGCUAGAACCACAUGACGUAACCCUGUUAUGGAGAGAAGGUGAAGGACAUUGGAAGGUGUGGCAGAAAAGGGGGAAGGCGGAGAUAACCGGAGGAUGGUCUGACAGGUGAGAAAGAGAGACCUCUUUUUUGGGUUCUCCAGGUGCUGUGUAAAAAAAAAAUGACUUCAAUGGUGCUUGUUCAAAAACACACAAAAACAAGAGGUGCUAAGAGAGAAGGUGUAUUUUGAUAAUAAAAAAAAACUGUAAUUAUUAUUUUGUACAAUACUGUUAUUUCUGAAUCCACUUUCAAAACUUGCAUGUGUAUCAGAACCUGCUUCCUGCUCCUAAAAUUCAAUGUUCGUAACAAAUAUAUAUAUAAGUUAAAGAAAUUGAUAAAUAAAGAAAUACAUAAUUAUGAUAUUUUUUGUCAGUGACAUACCGUGUAACUGUUAUGAAGCAAAUAAAAUGAGCAUUCAAACGA